AUGCCUGCUCUGUGGCAACUCGCACUUGCCGCCAGCUGCAGUGGCAGUCAGGCUAACCUCUUUUUUGCUCCUCUUUUUGCGCCUCUCUCUCUCCAUGCCCGACCCCGCCGAGCCAGAUGCAUCAAUGUUUGCUUCGACUCGAUGGCGCCCUUGUCCGACUCGUCCUCGUCCCUAUCCGCGGCGCCGCUCCCUUCAAAAGGUGUCCGUCGUACUGCUUUAUCUGAGACGAAUCGCCACAACCCAGUCCCCCGACGAGGCUCUCAUCACAUUCAGAUCCUCUUCGUUUGCGCCUCUGCGGUAGUCGCCCUCGUAUUUUUUGGCCUUUCUCGUCCCCAGUCUCCUCAAGCACAGAGCGAGUCGCUGGUCAACAUGGUGAACCUGGCUGCCUCCUUCACCUCCUUCACCUCCUUCGCCUACUGGACGCAGUUUGCCUUUGCUGCUGCCAAUGCCCAGGCGAAUACCUCGUCUCUUGCCGAUAUUGUUCCCAGGCGCGAUGUUCUCUACGUCGGUGGCGAGUACACGAAUGUGACUGACGCCGUGACCAAUGCCACGUCCAUCGCCCUCAUUGGCCAGAUAUAUGUCGAGAAACUUUCCCCCAACCCGCCUCUGCCCCCGCGCGUCGACGAGCAUCGGCCCCUCCCCAUCAUCUUCAUCGCCGGCGCAGCUCAGACUGGCACCAACUUUCUCAACACCCCCGACGGCCGCCCCGGCUGGGCCUCGUACUUCCUAAGCAAGGGCCACACCGUCUACCUCUCUGACCAGCCCUCGCGUGGCCGUUCCGCCUGGCAACCCGGCGGCCCGGGCAAAUUUGGCACCAUCGGACCUCCCCAGGUCGUCUCCGAUAUCUUUACAAACACGGCCCAGAACGGCAACCAAUGGCCCCAGGCUAAGCUGCACACCCAGUGGCCGGGCACCGGCCGCAUGGGCGAUCCGACCUUUGAUGCCCUAUACAGAAGCCAGGUUCCACUGCAGACCAACCGUUUCAUCAGCGAGGAGCAGAAUGCGCGGGCCUACGCUGCCCUCGUCGACAUUGUCGGAGAGUGCUUUGUCAUCAGCCACUCCCAGGCUGGUGCAUACGGCUGGCGCGUCGGCGACUUGCGCCCCAACCUCGUCAAGGGCAUCGUCCAGCUCGAGCCCUCAGGACCGCCCUUUACCCUGCGCCCCCCGUUCGGCACCGACCCGGCCUUUGCCUUUGGCUUGACCGACCUGCCCAUCGCCUACGACCCGCCUGCCGGUCCCGCCGCCGAGUUGAUCAAGACGCUCAUCCAGCCCGCGGUUGACAAGGACCACGACGACUGCAUCAUGCAGACCCUCCCCGUCAAGAAGCUCACCAACCUUGCGCGCAUCCCAGAGCUUGUCGUCACCGGCGAGGCCUCCUUCCACGCCCCCUACGAUUAUUGCACCGUCGCCUACCUGCGCCAGGUCGGCGUGGACGUUGAAUACGCCGAUCUCGGCAAGGAGGGCAUUCACGGAAACGGCCACAUGUUCUUCAUGGAGAAGAACAAUAUCCAGAUUGCCGAGCGGGUCUACCAGUGGCUGCAGAAGCACUAG